AUUGAGUGGAGAAAAAAGUCAAGAAAAAUGUUGGUGUUUUCAUCAGACAGUGGGUUUCAUUAUGCUGGUGAUGGAAAGUUGGGAGGAAUUGUGAAGCCUAAUGAUGGUAUUUGUCACUUGGACGAAAAAGGCAAUUACAACAUGAGCAUUUAUCAGGACUAUCCAUCCCUCAGUCAGAUAAACGUGGAGGUUAAGAAACAUAAAAUAAAUGUUAUCUUUGCUGUCACCAGUGAUCAGCUGCCUAUCUAUAAGCGUCUAAGUGAUCAACUGGAGGGCUCUACUGCUGGGAAACUGGAAAAUGAUUCUUCUAAUGUGGUUGAACUAGUGAAAGACCAGUAUAGUGUGAGUACUUACAGCUGCUGUUGUUGGUUUAGAAUAUACAGGACAUAGUGUUAGUCUUCACGGUUGUUCUAUCAGAUGCUAUUGUUGGUUUAGAAUAUACAGGACAUAGUGUUAGUCUUCA